UUCAACUAUGACAUCAGCACUCAAGAGGGGGUUAUAUACAGCCGCGCCGUCUGCCUGCCUUAGUACUUUCUUGCGAAGACUUCUACUACUGGAAGACAACCAGAAAGAUCUGCCAACAUGAAGCUGUACCUGGCUCUUGCAACUUUGAUGCUUGUGCUGAUGGCACAAUGUGAGGCUGAGGAGCCCUCAAUUGAGCAGCACUUUGCCAAUUUCCAAGCCAAAAUGAAAGAGUUUGGAUCCGACCUGACCGAAAAGACAGCGUCUGCCCUGAAACAGAUUGAGGAGAGCGAGCUUGCUACCAAGACCAAGAGCUGGUUUACUGAGCAGAUGGAGAAGCUGAAGCAGUCUUUCUCCAAGAAAUAAACCUUAAUUGACAAAGCCUGUUACCUCUACCAUGUGAUCUGCUCACCAAUGAUCCGUGCAAUAUUCUAUUAUUUUUCUAAGCAAUGCCAGUGCUAUAUAUGAAUGUAAUAAAACCUGGAAAUUGGUCCAAACAAUAAAAUGAAAGACAAAUCUG